UAGGACCCAUUUAAUUUUCAAGCGCCCGCCAGCCAGCCAGCCAACCCAAUCUUUCACCAUCUUCCAUCUCUCUCUCUCUCUCUCUCUCUCUCUGAGCCUGCAAUAUCUCUAUCUUUCCCAAUUCGCUGAUAAAAUCAACAUAUCAUCUUCAAACAAGCCCAGUUGUCGACAAUUCCAACAGAUCCAUCUCAGCCUAUCGAGUGGCCCGCCAAUCCAUGGACGGAAGAAGAUUCAGCAACCACUCACUUGUAAACCAUGAGCCGCCGGAAGACACCGAUAAUUCGCCGGAGAACAGCGGCGACUCUCCCCGCUCCGCCAUGUUCGCCGACGCCAGGCAUAUGGAUUCCACCUCCUCCCCUAAAAGAAGUAAGCGCGGCGCACAGAAAAGGGUGGUGACGGUGCCGAUCAGAGAUGUCGAAGGGUCUCGGAUCAAGGGGGAGAGCGCUCCACCGUCCGAUUCGUGGGCUUGGAGGAAGUACGGCCAGAAGCCCAUCAAAGGCUCUCCUUACCCCAGAGGCUACUACAGAUGCAGCAGCUCCAAGGGCUGCCCCGCCAGGAAACAGGUAGAGAGGAGCCGCCUGGAGCCCACCAUGAUGGUCAUCACCUACUCCUCCGAGCACAAUCACCCUCUGCCGCCGGCCACCAGAAACCACCACCACCACCAACCCCACCACCACCAAGCUGCUAGUCCUUCUUCCAGCACGGCCGCAGCUGUCGCCACGACGGACAGUGAAAUUGCGUGCGCUUCUACAAAAGAGUGUUCUAGAGCGCAAGAGUCCCAGAUUUGGGAGGACGAAAAGGCGGAGGCUUUAUUUUCCGGUUUGGGAGAAGAGUCGCUUCUGAACACGUACGAGUUCAAGUGGUUCUCCGACCUGGAAUCAACGUCAUCCACGGCCAUGCUCGAGAGCCCGAUGAUGGCCUCGGGCGCCGGCGACGGGAACAGCGCGGCGGCGAUUUUCACGAUGGGGGAGGAGGAGGAGUCGCUGUUCGCCGAUCUGGGGGAGCUGCCGGAGUGCUCGCUGGUGUUCCAGAGAGGAGCGCUGGAGAGAGUGGAGGAGGAGCACCGCCGGUGCAAUCUAGCGCCGUGGUGUGGGACCACCGGCUGAUUGACGGACACGUGUCAUUGCGUCGAUGAGGUUUUCGCAUUUGUUUCAACGAUGGAGUGCGUAUCGUGCGCCUUAAGAUAACCCAAAUUCAAUUUUUUUUUUCCCUUUUAAAUUGAAUUUAAUGUUUUUUUGUCUUUGUUUUCCUCUUUUUCCUAUUUUUAAUUUGCUUAGGUUUUAGAGCAGCGAUUAUUAACGAAUAAAGGUGUUUCAUCCUAGGCGCUGUCUUGAUAUUGAUGUAAUUAUAUAACCUCAGGACCGUCGAAUUUCCAACGGCUACGAUACAUUUUAUGUACCGACCCUACACAAUGCAUCGACCUUUUCAUGUGUCGCGUUGA